GCGGCCCCUUUAAGAGCCGCUCCGCCCGCUCCGCGACCCGGAAGUGGCGUCCGCGCUGCCCCGGAAGUGGACGGCGCGCCGCGGCGGGGUGGGUGAAGAUGCCGCUGCCGGUCCAGGUGUUCAACUUGCAGGGGGCCGUGGAGCCCAUGCAGAUUGACGUGGACCCCCAGGAGGACCCGCAGAAUGCGCCUGAUGCCAACUACGUGGUGGAGAACCCCACCCUGGAUCUGGAGCAGUAUGCAGCCAGCUACAGUGGUCUGAUGCGCAUUGAGCGACUGCAGUUCAUUGCUGACCACUGCCCCCCUCUGCGGGUGGAGGCUCUGAAGAUGGCGCUCUCUUUCGUGCAGAGGACUUUCAAUGUGGACAUGUACGAGGAGAUCCACAGGAAGCUCUCUGAGGCUACCAGGCUGCAGGCUUCUGCGGUCAGGACCGCCCCCGUGCCCCCGUGCCGGCUGGGCGCUCUCCUGUGGGGGCCAGGGCCGCUGGGAGGCGCCUACCCGCCUGCACAUCGGCCCCUGACGGCCAGGUCCUCCCUCAGGGAGCUGCAGACUGCACCCGACGCCAUCCCUGAGAGUGGCGUGGAGCCCCCACCCCUCGACACAGCUUGGGUGGAGGCCACCCGGAAGAAGGCCCUGCUGAAGCUGGAGAAGCUGGACACAGACCUGAAGAACUACAAGGGCAACUCCAUCAAGGAGAGCAUCAGGCGCGGCCAUGAUGACCUGGGUGACCACUAUCUUGACUGUGGGGACCUCAGCAAUGCCCUCAAAUGUUACUCCCGUGCCCGAGACUACUGCACCAGCGCCAAGCACGUCAUCAACAUGUGCCUCAACGUCAUUAAGGUCAGCGUCUACUUGCAGAAUUGGUCUCACGUGCUGAGCUACGUCAGCAAGGCCGAGUCCACCCCGGAGAUUGCCGAGCAGCGUGGGGAGAGAGACAGCCAGACCCAGGCCAUCCUCACCAAGCUGAAGUGCGCUGCAGGCCUGGCCGAGCUGGCCGCACGCAAGUACAAACAAGCUGCGAAGUGCUUUCUGCUGGCCUCAUUCGAUCACUGUGAUUUCCCCGAGCUGCUUUCCCCAAGCAACGUGGCCGUCUAUGGUGGCCUGUGUGCCUUGGCCACCUUCGACCGGCAGGAACUGCAGCGCAAUGUCAUCUCUAGCAGCUCCUUCAAGUUGUUUUUGGAGCUUGAGCCACAGGUCCGGGACAUAAUCUUCAAAUUCUAUGAGUCCAAGUAUGCUUCGUGCCUGAAGAUGCUGGAUGAAAUGAAGGACAACCUGCUUUUGGACAUGUACUUGGCCCCCCAUGUCAGGACCCUGUAUACCCAGAUUCGCAACCGUGCCCUCAUCCAGUAUUUCAGCCCCUAUGUGUCGGCUGACAUGCGCAAGAUGGCCACGGCCUUCAACACCACCGUGGCGGCCCUGGAGGACGAGCUGACACAGCUCAUCCUGGAGGGGCUCAUCAACGCCCGGAUUGACUCCCACAGCAAGAUCCUGUACGCCAGGGAUGUGGACCAGCGCAGCACCACCUUUGAGAAGUCCCUGCUCAUGGGCAAGGAGUUCCAGCGCCGUGCCAAAGCCAUGAUCCUGCGGGCAGCCGUGCUGCGCAACCAGAUCCACGUCAAGUCACCUCCCCGAGAAGGGAACCAGGGGGAGCUGACGCCAGCCAACAGCCAGUCCCGAAUGAGCACCAACAUGUGAAGGUGCCCUGCCCCACCCUGAGCACCUGGGGCCCACCAGCCCUGGGCCCCCACCUGGGCUUCCAUUGCCCAGCUUCCUAAUGCCCCCUCCACCCUGCUGGCCCCUGUGUGUGUGUGUGUGGCGGGGGGGGGGACCCCGGGAGGCAGGCUGCCAGUCCGGGCCCUUCUGGAGAGGCCUGCAGAAAGGCUUCUGGGCGUGGCCCCAGGGCUCUGCUGGGGCACCGCCUCUCCUGUUGUUGUGCCCUUGGGAUUACAGAGCUGUUGAAUCGUGAUCCAUUAAAGGGCAGCCUGAGAACACCA